GUUUUGAAGCACAUGAUGAGGCAAUGAAAACCGUGUAGAUUUGUCUCAUCCUACACAAAACUUAUUUUGGAGUUAUCCUUGUAUCACAGAGUGGAGACUGAGCUGAACCCUCUCUACAACACACACACUGCAGACUGACAACGUGAAUCUAACAUGGCCUCCUCAGAGCUUGCACUUUUGAGUGUGUCAGACAAAACUGGACUGGUGGACUUUGCCAAAAGGCUGGUGGAUGUUGGAUUGUCUCUGGUCGCCUCAGGGGGCACAGCCAAAGCCCUGCGAGAGGCUGGCCUGGCUGUCAGGGAUGUGUCUGAGCUGACUGGACAUCCAGAGAUGCUGGGGGGCAGAGUGAAGACCCUGCAUCCCGCUGUCCAUGGGGGCAUCCUGGCCAGGAAAACCCCCUCUGACACCGCAGACAUGGAGAAGCUCGGCUACAGCCUGGUCAGAGUGGUGGUGUGCAACCUUUACCCCUUUGUGAAGACGGUCUCUAACCCGAGUGUGACAGUGGACGAUGCCGUGGAGCAGAUCGAUAUCGGUGGAGUAACUCUGUUAAGAGCGGCUGCAAAGAAUCAUGCUCGCGUCGCUAUAGUGUGUGAUCCUGCUGACUACCUGCUGGUUGCCAAGGAGAUGGAGAGUUCAGGAGACAAAGAUACAACCCUGGAAACCCGCAGGACUCUGGCCCUAAAAGCCUUCACACACACAGCUCAGUAUGACGAGGCCAUAUCUGACUACUUUCGUGGACAGUACAGCCGUGGUGUUUCACAGCUGCCUCUUCGCUACGGCAUGAACCCCCACCAAGCCCCCGCCCAGCUCUACACCCUGCGCCCAGCCCUCCCCCUCAAAGUGGUCAACGGUUCCCCCGGCUUCAUCAACCUGUGUGACGCUCUGAACGCCUGGCAGCUGGUCAGAGAGCUGAAGAGCGCCCUUGGCAUGGCUGCUGCCGCCUCCUUCAAACAUGUCAGCCCUGCUGGCGCUGCCGUGGGAGUUCCUCUGAGUGAGGAGGAGGCCAAGGUGUGCAUGGUGCACGACAUGCUGAAGGACCUCUCCCCCCUCGCCACGGCCUACGCCCGGGCCAGGGGCUCCGACAGAAUGUCCUCUUUUGGAGACUUCAUCGCUGUGUCCGAUGUUUGUGAUGUUCCCACUGCCAAGAUCAUAUCAAGAGAGGUGUCUGAUGGUAUCAUCGCUCCUGGUUAUGAUGAGGAGGCACUUAAGAUCCUCUGCAAGAAGAAGAAUGGCAACUACUGUGUGCUUCAGAUGGAUCCAGAGUAUGUGCCGGAUGAGGCGGAGGUCAGAGUGCUGUUUGGUCUCUAUCUCAAACAGAAGAGGAAUGGAGCGAUGAUCGAUAAAGAGUUCUUCAGCAACGUUGUUUCCAAGGGCUCGCUCUCAGUGGGAGCUGUGCGGGACCUGGCUGUGGCCACCAUCGCUGUCAAGUACACUCAGUCCAACUCUGUCUGCUACGCUAAAGAUGGACAGGUUGUUGGUAUUGGAGCAGGGCAGCAGUCCCGUAUCCACUGCACCCGUCUGGCAGGGGACAAAGCUGAUAACUGGUGGCUGAGACACCACCCUCAGGUCCUGAACAUGAAGUUCCGCAGCGGUGUGAAGCGAGCGGAGAUUGCCAACGCAAUCGACCAGUAUGUCAGCGACACCAUUGGAGAGGGCCCAGACUUGGACGUUUGGAAGUCGAAAUUUGAAGAGGUGCCUGAGCCUCUGUCAGAGACUGAGAAGAAGAACUGGAUCAGCUCCCUGCAGGCUGUGGCCGUCAGCUCUGACGCCUUCUUCCCCUUCAGAGAUAACAUAGAUCGUGCCAAACGGAGUGGUGUUGGGUUCAUCGCAGCUCCAGCGGGCUCUGCUGCUGAUCAGGUUGUGAUUGAUGCCUGUAACGAGCAGGGCAUCACUCUGGUGCACACCAACCUGCGGCUCUUCCACCACUGAGCGCCUCAGCACUGCUUAGUGUGCUCUCCAAACUCAACUAACGGUUUGCAUCAUUGGAGCCAACAUAUUUUCCUAACACUGCUGAUACUUAAAGGCAUUCCUUAGUCACGAUGCACUGUUUUGUAACAAAUUAAAAGCAUUCCUUACUUUUGUUCCUAACAUAGAUGCAGUGCACAUGUUCAUUCUAGGUCAAUAAUGUUUCACUGUGUAAUAAACUGUUAAUGGCAA